AUGAAGAUCGAAUUUGCUGCUCUGGCAUUUGCCCUGUUCCAGGGUAGUUUUGCCAGCUGCAUAAAUGGAAAAGCCUAUUGUGGACGCGCUUUACAGGGCAGAAUGAGCGGUGCAUUCAAUCCCGAUGGGCUGUACCGCUGCUAUGAGACCAAUCCGACGGACGCGACUUACCCUCGUUAUAGUGCCAUGGCGAUCUGGGAGUGUCCAGAGGGGUGUCGUGAUGGGGCUGCAGGGGAGAGUGAUUUCUGCAAUAAUAUCUAUCAUGAAUGUAACUUGGAUCAUGAUGAAGUUGCGUGUAAGAAGGUGAAGGCCCUCGAGGGUGAGAAUGGUAAGGGAGGAGAUGAGGGUGAUUCUCGGGUUUCAGUGAAGGGUGAGAAGAAGAAUGAAGAUGAGGACGACGAUGAGAAGGAGAAGGACGGCGACAAGGAUGCGAACCAGAAAAAGGGGGAUGAGGACGAGGACGAGGAUGAGGAUGAAGAUGAGGACGAGGAGGAUGAGGAGGAGGAUGACGAUGACGAUGACGAUGAGGAUGAGGAUAAGAGAAAGAGGAGGUAA